AUGAACACUUGGUUUGAGAAAAGAGACUUUGACCUAGUAACCUAUAGGAGUGGAGAUAAUACGAAUCAGAUUGACUUCUUUUUAGUAAGGAAUGCUUUGAGACAGUGCUACACCAAUUGUAAGGUGAUUCCGGGUGAGAGUACAACAACCCAACAUAGACUUGUGGUACUUGAUUUUCGAGGUAGAAGUUAUAUAAGGAGGAGAAGACCACUAGUAGGACCUAGGAUCAAGUGGUGGAAACUUCAAGGGGAGCAACAACUAAAGUUCGUGGAAAAGGUGACAAAUGAAGUUGUGCAACAAGCUAUAAAGAGCAAACGUGAAUUCUAUAAGGAGUUGGGAAAAUGUAGGAGUGAUGAGAACUACGAGAAGUACAAGGAGGCUAAAAGGGAAGCAAAUAAGGCCGUAAGAGAGGCUAGAGCAAAGAAAAUCAAGGAUAGAUGGAGGUUCUACUUUGAUAACUUGUUCAACGGGGAUCAAGGGCGCGAUAUUGGGGAUACAAAUAUCCCUCGGGAUAUAGUUAACGUAGACUUCAUGCGAAGAAUUCAAAAGAGAGAAGUCGAAAUGGCACUGAAAAAGAUGGGACGGAAGAGGGCAGUGGGGCCCGAUGGUAUACCUAUCGAAGUCUGGAGAUGUUUGGGAGAGAGAGGGAUUGUAUGGUUAACAACUCUUUUCAACAAGAUUUGGGGAAGUAAAAGGAUGCCAGUAGAGUGGAGGAAAAGUACUAUCAUCCCCUUGUACAAGAAUAAGGGUGAUGUCCAGGAUUGUGCCAACUAUCGAGGAAUCAAACUAAUGAGUAAUACUAUGAAACUUUGGGAGCGGAUUAUUGAGCAAAGAUUGAGGAGAACUGUAAAAAUUUCGGAGAACCAGUUUGGAUGUAUGCCUGGGAGAUCGACUAUGGAGGCCAUUCAUCUUAUAAGGCAACUAAUGGAGAAUUAUCAGGAUAAGAAGAAGGAUUUACAUAUGAAAAGGUUUCCACAUCAAAACCUUUCAGGACAAAAGAACAAAAAAUCGGAAAUGGCGGACAAAAGAACAAAAAUCUAA